AGUAUUUCGGUCGGAUCGCUUGACCUGGGGCAUAGAUAGAACGAUACGCCAUCCGGAUUGACACGCAGGCUGAAAAUUCCCACGCGCAUCCCCUGCUGCAACUCGUGCAAGGUCCAUUUGGGAUUGUUCAUAACCAAUGUCGUCUCUUCACAGAACCCUGCAGCAGAAAAACUCCGAGUCACGCCUGACCCACACCCUCCGGCAAAUGUUCAAGACCCACCCAAAACGCCCAACGGGUGCGCAGGACCGAGCCGUUGUGGAGCAGAAGUGAGUAUCGCAAUUUCGCCAGACUACCCUUUCUUCCGAGAUUGUGGUCUGGUAUGCUCCAUCCAUCCUGCGUAGCAGGGUUCUAGAAGAACUCCGAACAGAGAAGAAGAGAUUGGCACAUGCUCGUCAUGUUCCUGGCCGAUACGGCGAGAUAUGUUAGCGGUUUGACUGUUGCUUCGCCGAGUGAUUAUACCCAUGUGAUUAUUGGAGGUGGAGUCACUGGCCUGAUUGUCGCUAAUAGGCUCACCGAGGACAAGCACAACAACGUCCUCGUCAUUGAAGCUGGACGUGCAGACGACAAUGCUGCAAUACGCAUGCCGUACGGCGCAACCUACACCCUCAAUCAAACCCUCUUAUGGCAAAACUACGUCUCGGAACCGGAGCCCGGGCUCAACAACCUGACCUGGAACACGCGCGUUGCCCACGUCCUCGGCGGUGGUUCGGUCAUCAACGGCAUGGCGUAUGAUCGUGGGUCUGCCGCCGACUACGAUGCCUGGGAGGCGUUAGGCAAUAAGGGCUGGGGCUGGGCGGGCAUGUACCCAUUCUUCAAGAAGGGAACGAAGUUCGUUGCGCCUACGCAGGAGACUGUAGAUAAGUAUGGGAUCACCUGGAAUCCAGAUGUGUAUGGAGAUGGGCCUUUGAAAGUCGGUUUCUCGGACUUCCAGUUUCCGGAUGUGAAAGAUUACUUUGCGGCGUAUGCGGGCGCGGGUACACAUAUGGCCCACGAUGGUAACAACGGGGAGUCCUAUGGUGCAUCAUGGUACCCGGAGACCUUUGAUCCUGCGAAGGGAGAGAGAACCCAUGCCAGGAACUCGUACUACGAUCCGGUCUCUUCGCGUUCAAACCUCCACGUCUUGUUGGAGACGAUCGCAACUGAACUUGUGUUCGAUAAUGGCAGGAAGCUCACUGCCCGUGGCGUAAAGAUUUCGGACAAGACCGGCAUAACGAAGACGGUAUACGCGAGUAAAGAGGUCAUCCUAGCAGCCGGCGCUGUCAACACAGCCAAACUCCUACAGCUCAGCGGUAUUGGCCCCAAGUCGGUCCUCGAAGCUGCUGGUAUCAAAGUCAAGCUUGCUCACGAUGGUGUUGGAGCCAACUUCCAGGACCACCCUUACGGCAGCAUGUCCUUUACCAUCUCGAAUAUGAGCGUACCCAACCCAAACUCAUGGUCAGACCCAGCAUUCAAUGCGUCGGCAUGGGAAGAGUACACCACCAACAAGACAGGUCCACUGACCCAGGCGCGUGGGAACAGCAUCGCCUUCAUUCCUCUGCCUCAAGUCGCCCCCGAGACCUUCAACGACCUUGCCACACAAGUUCGGAACCAGGCUAACGACGCCUACCUGCCCGCGCUGUAUAAAAACAGCACCAAGCUUCUCAAGGGAGUGCAAGCACAGCGUGAAGUCCUCGCCGGCCUGUUCCAGAACCCCAAGGCGGGUAUCGUCGAGUACCCCAUUCCAGGGUCAGGUGCUUUCGUCAUGGUUUCCAUCCAAAAGCCCCUCUCACGUGGAACCAUUACACUCAACCCGACCAACCCCCAAGGGCCUCCGAGAAUCGUCUACAGCACGCUCACAAAUCCUAUUGACAAGUCCGUCAUGGCUGCCUGUGUGCGCUACAUCCGUACUCUUUGGGCGCGUCCCGAGCUUGAGAAGUUCUCGCCUGUCGAGACGUCUCCUGGAACGCAGUACACAAGCGACGAGGAGCUGAUCAACAAGAUGAUCGACUUGAAGAGUUUCGUACCGUCGCUUUCGCACCCGACCGGGUCUUGUGCUAUGAUGCCGGAGGAGCAGGGCGGAUGUUUGUCGAUUGUCGAUGCCUCGAUUGUGCCCCUCGUGCCGAGUCAGCAUAUUCAAUCGACUAUGUACGCUGUGGGCGAGAAGGCUGCGUAUAUUAUCAAAAAUAGGCGAUAG